GACAUGUUACCAUCGAUACACAGCCCUCGCCUUUUUGACUACUUUAUCAUAGUAAGUGGAGAUGCUCCUACCCUCACAGAUAACGGAGAGACAGUAAGACCUCAUGUUGUCGACAGAUACCCAGCUACAAACCACGAGGAUUAUCCUCUGCCUCAAGAUGUCGAAUUCUUUGCUCAACCGGAAGGAUGUACAGUGUUGAGUCCUUUAGAAACCCUGCCGAAAGAAUCUGUCAGUUUUGUGUUUAUGCUUACUGAUGUUAAGAAUAACGUCAAAAGGUUUGGAGUUUGUGUACAAUUCUACCGUCCUAUCCUAGCUAAACAGAAAGUUAAGGAGAAUGUUGAGAAGCCUGUAGUCGCCUUCAUGCUAACCACUUUCUGCAUCAUAACCCACCAUACCUUCUUUAACUCAACUAAAGAGUGUAUACAUGCCUUUAAACUCAUGUUCAUGAAGCAAAUGGGAGCAGCAGUAAACGAGAAAGAACUGUUCAGGAACUCCAUACCUUGGUCCUUCUCUUUUUAUCCUGCUGAUUUUCAUCCAACUGGGUUUGAUAUAGAAGCGUGUACAAGCCUAGAUAUUGCACCUGAACUAAAGGAGUGGCUUGUUAACCUCAUGAACAGUCCAGCUCCCUCGACAGAGGGAGAGAGGCUCUGUCUACGACUGUUCAACAAAUGUUACGUGGUGUCACCCAUCAUAAACUUCUGUUACCCGGACACCGCGCGGCUCCCCUUCGCGGAGUACUGUGUCCACUUACCGUUAGAGUUACUGGGAGUGGAGGGAACGUUGGAGGUCAUCACAUGUCUACUUCUGGAGCAGCGGGUGGUUUUGACGAGUGAGAACUAUUCUCACCUUACUACAUGUGUGUUUGCUCUGAUCGCCCUGUUAUACCCUCUGGAGUACAUCUACAAUGUUAUACCUGUAUUGCCUGUCAGCAUGCCUGGAGCUAGCACUGGAGAGAUAUUGAGGUCACCGAUGCCAUUUCUCUUUGGGGUUCCCUCGACAUUCUUCAUAGUAAACAAAAUGGAAGUUCCGGAAGACGUUGUAUUCGUAAAUAUUGACACAGGAAAGAUCCUGAGGAGAACGCCCAUGCCAACCUUCCCUGAACCGCAAGGCUCUGAAAUUAGUCAGGAGCUCAGAAAGUGUUUGCAACUAUUGUACUCUCGGAGAAACCCCAGGGAAUGUUUACCUGGAGGAUCACGUGACCUCAAUACGAUUGAUGUUGAGAUCAGAGUGGCUAUGAUAAAGUUCUUCAUGUCUGCCAAUGUUCUAGGCAAGUUUAAGCAUCAUCUGAGAUAGUGAAACUGUUCCCACGUCCCAUCACAUACCUACAGAGGAACGCUUUCCUCCGAAAUUGCUCCACCGGAAAACCCUCCUUGUUCCUUCAGAGACUGUCAGAGACUAGCUGUCUUCAAGCGUUUGGUGAAAGUGAAGUUUGCCCCCUCAACACAGUCGUACAUAGAAUAGUAUCCGGGAAUUCCGAUCAAACACUGAUCGGAGACAAGCUGAUAUGGUUUAGUGAUCAGGUAGAGUUUAUAGAACACAGCAUCUGUCCGGCAGGUAACACACUAGGUAUUGAGAUGCUCCCCCACA